GGCCCUUCGAGUUUCCCGGGCUACCUAGGCUGUCCCCAGCUUCCUCUUCAGCCCGCGGCGAGAGCGGCUGCCAGGACCGCCCCAGGCGUGGCGGGCUGGGCCCGACAUCCCAGCCGUGGGACCCCCCCCCCCACCCCUCGGCCCCAAUGCCUGGGCGAGCACUUCGGAGUGGGUGGCGGUGGUCGGAGCUGUGCCGGGGUCCCCCGGGGGCGAGCGCGGCCGUGUUCCUUGGGCAAGCUGCAAGGACCGUGAGUUUGGAAUGAUUUGGUCUCCUGGGAUUCUGCCUUAGCAAGAACGAAGUUGGAAGAGGACAAGUGAAGCAACACGAAACCCACAGUUUGUGUUUUCAUGGUUGUCAGCUGCCUUACGAAUAUGGACACAUUUCCUAGUUUAUUUCCACCUGGUGGAGACAGUAGGCUGAAUCCUGAGCCUGAGUUCCAGAAUAUGUUAAUUGAUGAAAGGGUACGAUGUGAACAUCAUAAGCAUAAUUAUCAGGCUCUCAAAAUUGAACACAAAAGGUUGCAGGAAGAAUACAUAAAAUCACAAAAUGAACUUAAGCGUGUGUUACAUGAAAAGCAAACUAACCAGGAAAAAUUCCAGCUGCUCCUUGAAGAGUUAAGAGGGGAAUUAGUAGAGAAAAUUAAAGACCUGGAAAAAAUGAAGCUGCAGGUAUUAACACCACAAAAAUUGGAAUUGGUAAAAGCCCAAAUACAGCAAGAAUUAGAAGCUCCAAUGCGAGAGCGUUUCCGCACUCUGGAUGAAGAAGUGGAAAGGUAUAGAGCUGAAUAUAAUAAGCUUCGCUAUGAGCAUACAUUUCUCAAGUCAGAAUUCGAGCACCAGAAAGAAGAGUUUACUCGUAUUUCAGAAGAAGAAAAAAUGAAAUAUGAAUCAGAGGUUGCACGGCUGGAGAAGGAUAAAGAGGAGCUACACAACCAGCUGCUUAGUGUUGGUCCCACCAGAGACAGCAAGCGAGUGGAGCAGCUUGUGCGAGAAAAAACCCAUUUGCUUCAGAAAUUGAAAGGUUUAGAGACUGAAGUAGCAGAAUUAAGGGCUGAGAAGGAGAAUUCUGGUGCUCAUGUAGAAAAUGUCCAAAGAAUACAGGUGAGGCAGCUGGCUGAGAUGCAGGCUGCGCUCAGAUCCUUGGAGGCUGAAAAGCAGUCAGCCAAACUACAGGCUGAGCGCUUAGAAAAAGAGCUACAGUCAAGCAGCGAGCAAAACACUUGUCUUAUCAGCAGACUGCACAAGGCCGACCGGGAGAUCAGUGCGCUGACCAGCGAAGUGAAAGAGCUCAAACAUUCAAACAAACUAGAAAUAACUGACAUCAAAUUGGAGGCAGCAAGAGCUAAGAGUGAGCUAGAAAGAGAAAGGAAUAAGAUUCAAAGUGAACUGGAUGGAUUGCAGUCAGACAAUGAAAUUCUCAAGUCAACUGUUGAACACCACAAAGUGCUCUUGGUGGAAAAAGAUCGUGAAUUAGUCCGUAAAGUACAAGCUGCCAAGGAAGAAGGUUACCAAAAGCUCGUGGCAUUGCAGGAUGAAAAGCUAGAGCUGGAGAACAGAUUAUCAGACUUAGAGAAAGUGAAAGUGGAGCAGGACGUCUGGAGGCAGUCGGAAAAGGAGCAGUGCGAAGAGAGACUGCGGGCCUCACAGAUGGCGGAGGAGGCGGCCCGCAGGGAGCUCCAGAGUAUUAGGUUAAAACUUCAACAACAAAUUGUGAAUACUGAAAAGGCAGAGAAAGAAAAACUUGAAAAUUCUGAACUGAAACAGCAAAUCAGUCAUUUGCAGAUUCAGGUGACCUCCCUGACACAGUCCGAGAAUGACUUGCUGAAUUCAAACCAGAUGCUGAAGGACAUGGUGGACAGAUUAAAACAAGAAUGCCGAAAUUUAAGAAGCCAAGCUGAAAAAGCGCAACUAGAAGUUGAAAAGACAUUGGAGGAAAAACAGAUACAGUGGUUGGAAGAAAAGCAUAAGCUUCAUGAGCGAAUCACGGACCGAGAAGAAAAGUACAAUCAGGCUAAAGAGAAACUACAGAGAGCUGCAACUGCUCAGAAAAAGAGAAAAUCUCUUCAUGAAAACAAGUUGAAGAGACUUCAGGAAAAAGUGGAAGUCUUGGAGGCAAAGAGAGAAGAAUUAGAGACAGAAAACCAGGUGUUAAAUAGGCAAAAUGUUCCGUUUGAAGAGUAUACAAGGCUUCAGAAGCGACUAAAGGACAUACAGAGAAGACAUAAUGAGUUUCGGAGUCUGAUCUUGGUUCCUGACCUGCCUCCGGCAGCAUCGCUCCAUCCUGCUAGCUUUCAGCCAUCGGCUAGAGUGCCUGGACUCGAGCUCUCCUUCCCUCCUCAUGUGCAGGGAGGAAUAGCCUGGGUUUUCACCCUUGCUAUUCUGUUUUCCGACUGCUAAAAUGGACAUCAUAUCUUAGCCACAUUGUUGGAGGCCUCUGUGAGGGAGGCAGAAGGCGGGGACUUUCCUAGUUUUUCUAGAUUUCUGUUAUGUGUCAUUUUUAAGGAGGAACAGCAUCAAAGAGAACUUUCUCUACUUCGCAAAAGACUGGAAGAACUAGAAACGACACAAAGAAAACAACUAGAGGAACUUGGAUCUCCUGGGGAAUGAUGCUGGAAGAAAGGCAAAGCCAGACCUCAAUAAAGCGUGACGUCUAACCUAUGGCAUUGUGGUGCUUUAUUCCUGUUUGCCAAACCCACGAGCUGCCUCAAGGAAAGGUACUGGCCACGUGCUGGACUGAACGGGUCCGGGACUUUAGGAUCAUGGUAACCAAAAUGAAGUGUUCCAAGUUUUAGAUCUGUAGAGCAUGUAUUGACACUACAAAAGAUAGGAGGAACUAACUAAGGAAUCAAGUUUUCAUAAUAAUAUGAAAUAGUAAUUUUUAUUUUGUUGAAUUUUUUCUGGUAUUUUGCUUGAAAAUGUAAUCUUGAAUUCCUUUUUCCUUAUCUUUGAGAUGGCAAUAACAAGAUUAGUAAACAUCUCCUUUAUUGUAUACAAAAGUUAUAGGAAAAGAUGGCCAUUUAAAAGUAUAAAUAUCACUUAAAAGUUUUUAAAUAUAUAUCCAUUAUAGAAAUCUUUACCUUUUCUAAAAGCUGUGCACUUAAUUUAUUAAAUAACUUAAUAAAUAUUUUUCUAUCUAUGCUGUUUUGUGUUUAAUUUCACUGAUUAUAUAGUGAUGAUUUCACUUCCUUUUGCUUUGGUUAGUUGAAAGUUUUAGAAAAUUGAGUCCUGCGGCUGUUUCUACAGAGAGUUCCUGAUCAUCUUACAUGAAGCAGUGGGCUCUUGAAGUGUUUCUGGUAUUUAGUUUUGUUUCUCACUGUCUAGGACCUAACCAAAUAAUUAUCUUUUAUUUACUUCAACUUUCACUGUUCACCCAUUGGAAACUUCCUUAUGGAGCAUGUUUUAGAGGAAUUCUGCUGGAAUAAUUUCAAGUCGGCAAAGCAAAGUUCAGCUCAAGUUUGCCAAACUUAUAUGGAUAUAUCAUUAUUCAGAAGUCUCUGCAAUCAAAAGUCCAAGUUGAUCAUUGAAGACAAGAACAUAAUCAAGCAGCUCUUGGCAUCAUUUAGCAAGGAGCCAGUUGCUGUUUACUAUAGACCAGUGACUGAUUGUCUUCAGCACACAUCUAAUUUGGACAUUCGCUGCACUCGGCUACUGUGAUCCAAACUGUGAUCUAGAUAGUGCUUUUCACUGGAGGAUUGACAAACACAUUACACACUUGAGUGAAUCUUCAUCCCACCUCAGUGAGGUUGGUAUAUCCUUGGCAUAAAGAAGUUUAUUAGUUGGUGCUUCCUGAAAAACAACAAUAGCCACAAGAAACAUAAAAAGCCAUGGUCGGGGGAGGGUUUGUAGCAGUGCAGUGUAACUGAGCUUCCACCAGCUAACAAGGCUGCAGGCUCCAGGCCUCAGUGUUGACUGAGUGACUACUGACUGCCAUCUAGAUAGCUCUGCUUGGGCAUCCAAAAAGUCAAAGAAGUAUUUUAUAGCAAACGGGGCCCUGCUAUUGGGCAGACUCCAGAUGCUCCUGAAGAGUUUCUCAAGCACAGAGUGGAUUGCCACCUGGAAGACAGAAUGGGACACUGAGAUUCGUGGUACCAGCUUUGAAAACCUCGUGGGAAAGCCAGCUCCAAGUUCAAGAGGAAGUGAUGUGCCAAGCAGAGAAAAAAAAUCAUGAAAUUGCCAGAUGAGGCCAAUGUGGGCUGGGUGGGAUGAGGGUCCAGAAAGUCUGUGUCCGCGUUUAGAUUUAGUGCAUAAACUUGUAGUGCCAGGUCUAGGACUGUGUAUAGACAAGCCACGGAUGCUCUGCCUUUGUUAUGUGCAGCCUGGAAAAAGAAAAUGAGGGAUAAUGCUUUGCUGCUAGAUUGUCUUCCUGUUGCAUGUAUUUCCAUCUCAGGGUUUAUUUAAGUGUGGACUUCCCAAAGCAGUCGAGUGUUUUAUCAAAAACAAAACGAAGGCAGAGCUCCAUGGGAAAGACGAAAAAUCAAGAGGUGUAGGCAUUCCUCUGCCGACCAUGCAGAUCUACUCAGGUCUAAGCAGAUGUGCUGAAGAAGUUUGCCCAGCAAGGUUUUACAAAGCUAGGGGGACAGUGAUGAUUAGGAUGGUGGAGCAGAAAUCCAGAGACUUCCGUUAACUUCUAAAAACUAGAUGCGGUAAGAUUUGCUCCUAACAUUUAUAAGUGAACAGAAUUCUUGAAUUUCAGAAGAAAGUAAGAUUUCCUAGGCUAGUCUCACAGAUUCCCCCUCUUUUUAUUUGCAAAUCAAAGGAGUUUUAUUGCUCAUCUAUAAAAACAAGUAAACAAAAAGGAAUAAUUAUGCUGUCAACCCAAACAAUAAUGGUGGAAUGGUGGGUAAAGGAGCAGGAACAAUAGUAAACGCCCUGAUUGGAGACGCUGCAGUAGAAAUUUGGAAAGUUCUCUUCUCUUUCCAGUUUAUAAAAAAAUUGAAUGGGGGUACAGGAUGUGUCUACAAUUUAAACUUUCAUUUUGCUUUGCCUAGAGGGCACAAGGGAUUUAUAACAUUUUCACACGUGAGCGGAAAUUAAGUUGAACACAUCAUAUACCCCCAAGGCAGCCAUGAAAGCAGUCCUAGACCAGUAAGUGUACCUUGGUCGACAGCAGCUUUGUCAGAUACAUUUCUUUUACUUUGAA